AUGUCCUUGAGCCCGGCGUCUCGUCUGCCUCCCAACGUGGUCGUCUUCGGACCCCAAGGCAACUGCACGCUGGACCUGUGUCCUGUCGAAUACAGCGUCUACGGGUACAGACCCUCGCUGGCGGCCAACUCUGUCCUGCUCGUCCUGUUCUUCCUGGCCAUGCCCGUACACGCCUAUCUGGGUGUCCGGUGGAAGACGUGGUGGUUCAUGGGCUGUAUGAUAGUCGGGGCAGCCAACGCCAUCACUGGCUACUCGGGCCGGCUCGCUCUGUACUUCAAUCCCUUCAACUUUGCCGCCUUCAUGGCCCAGAUCAGUAUGUAUGCCCACCCCGUGGACAGGCCCGGCCAGCCUAGGCGCGGUAUGGCAGGGGCGAUGCUGAUGAACGGAUACGCAAGUAUCAAUUACCUGAGUCCGCAGCUGUCGCGUUUCAGGCCGGAGUACUUCUACUAUGUAUUCAUCCCCUGUGACAUGGUCUCGCUGAUACUCCAAGCGUCGGGCGGUGCUCUUUCGGUGGCGUCCAAGGGCUCGAGCCAGACAGGGGUCGACCUGGCCCUGGCAGGACUCAGCUUCCAGGUCGUGACCAUCGUUGCCUUCUGUCUGUUUUUUGCCGACUAUCUCAUCCGGUACUUCAGGUCCCCAGAGGGACAACGAGCCCGCGCAGGAGCGCUUGGUCGCCGCCUGGCACUGUUCUUUGGGUUCCUGGGGGCAGCGAUACUAAUCAUCACGGCGCGCUGUGUCUACCGUCUUGUGGAACUGCACCAGGGGUACGCGGGCGAGCUGAUCAAAGACGAGGGAUUGUUCAUCGGCAUGGAAGGAGUCACCGUCGUGGCGUCGGUCUACUUUUUGAUGUUUGGGCACCCGGGAUAUGGCCUGUGCGGAGAAUGGCGCAAGGCCUCAAGCACCACCGCCGGUGUUGAGAUGUGA